CGUGUUUUAUUAUGAUUUUAGUUUUCAAAAACAGAAUAUGAAGCGCUUUGUUAUGCUGCUGAUUUUUCUAGCGGUGGCGAAUUCAUUUCCCUUGAAAAAUGAGGAAAACGCCGCGCUGAAAACGAAGGUCUUGGGUCCCCGUGUACUAGAUGCUUGUAAGCGCAGGAUCCUACCGAACAGACCAAUAAUUGAUACACCUCUUAACCAUCCCGCGCGACAAAGUGGUUGGGGCAGCAAUGUUGGUUGGUCAUCAAUGGAUGUCAAUGUCGGCGGAGGACAAAAAAACAGUAAACGGGAUUGGGGCACCAAUGGUAAACGAGAUUACGGAAUGAGGGGUAGAUAUGAGCAUAAAAAUGGCAAGUCGAUUGUGGGCCUCGAUGGCUAUUAUCAAAAGAAUUCGGGCCGACGUUAAAGUUCAACGCUCCAAUGAUAUGGGGAAAUAUAAAGAAGAAAGUGUCUUAAUUUUUAAGCUUUAGUAAGAAAAACAGCACUAAGACUCAAUUUUGUAA